CGACACUGUUUAAGCCAAAACAACGAUUCACACUGAUCGACGACGGGUUCUCUUACUCUACCACCGAAUCCUAAACGCUCGCGUGAAUCUCCGAUCGCCGGCGUUCUGAUCUGCCGCCUAUUUGCUUCCGUUUCGAAACUAUUUGAAAACCGAAAUUAGCAAAAGAGCUGUGGAGAAAAAUGUCACAAGGAUGGUUUUCGCUCGGCGGAAGCAGCAGCGCAGGUCAGCAGCAGCAGGAGCAAUCGCAGAAAUCAGGUUCGUCGUCUCUGCUCGCGGAUUGGAACUCUUACGCAGCGUCGAGAGAUGUUGAGGAAGGUGGGAGCGGGAGCUUCGGGUUCGAUAUCGAAUCCGCCGUUAGAUCUGCUAACGACACUGUUUCUGGCACCUUCAAUGUGGUUUCAAAGGGGGUUAGAGAUAUUCCGGGGAACUUGUCGUCAGCAACAAGCAGUAUGCCAUCAGGGAAAGCCCUCAUGUAUUUCGGUUUACUUCUCGCCAGUGGUGUAUUCUUCAUCUUCAUUGCCUUCACUAUGUUUCUUCCAGUCAUGGUGCUUAUGCCUCAGAAAUUUGCCAUUUGUUUCACCCUUGGAUGUGGAUUUAUCAUCGGAUCAUUUUUCGCUCUUCGUGGCCCACAAAAUCAGCUCGCACACAUGUCAUCCAUGGAGAGGCUUCCUUUAACCAUAGGAUUCAUUGCCACCAUGGUUGGUACCAUAUACGUCUCCAUGGUUCUCCACAGCUACAUUCUCUCCGUGGUCUUCUCUGUCUUGCAGGUUCUUGCGUUGGUUUACUACUGUAUAUCCUACUUCCCUGGUGGAUCAUCAGGCAUGAAGUUCCUCAGUUCUGCUCUUACUUCAUCUGUUCUAAGAGUUUUUGGGAGAUGA